AUGGUUGAAAUCAGACAAUACCAUCUCUUCCCAACGGACCUGGUUCCGAACUCGCCUCGGCCGCUCCUGCAGUACAAGAACGUUCUACCCAAGGACCCCAAGACGUCGCACUGCUCUGCCCUGCAAGUAUGGGAUAGAUUCACGACCAACGGAUGGGACGUCCAAUGGAUCUUCCGAUACGGCCAGACCCAGCUCUCGCACUUCCACUCCAAGGCCCACGAGUGCAUGGCUGUUCUGUCUGGAAACGCCACAAUUCGCUUCGGCGUGGCAGAUACCGACGAGGACCUGGACAAGAACACGUACGAGUCGUCUUGGGAGAAGGGCGGCGUGGAGCUUCAGGCAGAAGCUGGCGACGUCUUCAUCAUCCCCGCGGGAGUGGCGCACAAGACAUACAACACGAGGCCAGAGGCGCCGUUUGGGCUGCUGAGUCCUGGGAAAGGACACGGCAUCGAAGCCGACAAUCCGCGAGAGGCGCUGGGGAAGGUUGAGUUGUCGGGAUACACGAUGAUGGGUGCUUACAGCGGAGGAGAGUGGGAUUUUGUGCUCGGGGGAGGCGACUUCGAGAAGGUCUGGGGCGUGCCGAAGCCCAAGCUCGACCCGGUGUUUGGAGACUCGGAGAAUGGAUUGCGGAGAACGUGGAAGGGAGUUGGCGGCGCUCAAAAUGACAUCGAGGUGAAGCUUUGA